AUGCCCAAGAUUUCUCCCGGAGGAGAUGGAUUUUACACUGCCUUUUUGACACCUCCUGGUCGUAUGCUCUAUGACACAUUUAUCUAUCCAGUCAAUAGUGGUGUCAAUUUCCCUCAUCCUAAAUUCAUGAUUGACUGUCCAGCCAGUAAUACAUCCACCUUCAUGCGUCAUUUAAAGCGAUAUAUUCUACGUUCCAAAGUCAAAGCGAGAGAUUGUUCAGAAGAAUACCAACUAUGGCAUGUAUGGGGCCAUCAUGAAACACUCGAUCCUGCUCUUGUAAAGAAAGAAAGACGACUUUCAGACAUUGGCUGUACUGACCCUCGUAUGUCUGGGUUUGGAUACCGUGCUAUUUCCUUGCCUCUUGAAUCCAAUCUUGAUUAUAUGAAUGGUGUUGAUUUUCGCAAGGGAUGUUAUGUAGGCCAAGAAUUGACGAUUCGUACUUAUCAUACAGGUGUUGUUCGUAAGCGUAUUGUGCCUGUUCAAAUCUAUUCUAAAGAUGAACCACUAAAGAUGUUCAGUGCUCCCUCUGUUCAGUCUGUGGAUCGUCAUCAAACAUUCCCCAGUGGUCUUGUGCCUCAGACAGAUAUCAAGUUAGUGGAGGGAGCAAGUAAGCGUGGUGUAGGUAAAAUGUGUUCUGGUAUACAUAACAUUGGUUUAGCACUCAUGCGAUUAGAGCAUGUUAAACGUUGUGCUGAAGGUGAACCAGUAGCAUUUACUGUACCUGGAAAUGAGUCUAUACGCAUUCGACCUUUUCUGCCUGAUUGGUGGGAAGAACAGCAUGGUGAAUGA